GUUGGGUUUGAGUACCAGCAAUAUUCUGGGCUUGUAGUUGGGUCUUGAGUUGUUCAAUUUCUGCACGGGCCCUGAUCAAUUCGUUUUGUUAAAAUGGUCAAUGGGAGUUCGUCUUCAGUGGUGACGUCUGCGGUGGUGCGUAAAUGUUGGUAAAGAGUAUAUGCACUAAUGGUAUGGUUACAUUCCGAGCAUUUGUAAGCUGGUUAGGAUGGGUUUUGUGGAUCGUGUCCUUUUUUGUGAAAGACUGUUGUUUUAUUGCAUUUUCUGCAGCAAUUGGCUUGACGGUACCUCUUUUUCAAGAUUGUGCCAAGUUCUUCAACCUGUUGAGGAUUCAACAUUGGUCGGAGUUCGCAGUUGUUAAUACCUCGACUAGCAGGCAUAAAUUAGUAAAAUGAAGGAGUGCUGACUACUUUGAAACGAUAAUUCCAAAUGAAUUUCGAAUUUAAUAUUACAGAUGUCAGAUUUUCACGUUAUUCAU